ACCCUCGCUUCUAUUGGCUGCUGCAGCUGUCAGUCAUUCUGUGACGUCACUCAUGUAUCGUGUUUGAGGAAGCGCAAGAAACCGCAUCAAACCCAGAACAUAUUUGACUUUAAAAAUCAUAUCGACAUCACCGAAGAGUUUAAUGUGACUGCACUUGAAAUAUACGAUUUCCAACGUCCCGAGCAAAAGUGAAGAAAGUGAUCUCCACAGUCGCAGCACAGCAUGCAGGUCAGCGGUUAUCUGUGCGCUCUCAUCGCCUGUACUGGAUUAACCCUGUCCAUGCCGGCCGGAAACCAAACGCGACUGGAGUCUGGAAACCACGUGCCGCCGCUCCUCUUGGUGUCUUUUGAUGGUUUUCGUGCGGACUACCUAAAGAAAUACUCAUUUCCCAAUCUGGAGAAGUUCUUCUCCGAGGGCGUCCUCGUGCACGAGCUGACCAAUGUGUUCACGACGAAAACCUAUCCCAAUCAUUACAGUCUCGUCACAGGGCUGUACGCGGAGAGCCACGGGAUGCUGGCCAGUAUUAUGUACGACCCGGUGUCGAAAAAGACAUUCUCUGUUCAGAAUGACAGCGACCCUUUCUGGUGGGACGAAGCCACUCCGAUUUGGGUGUCCGUGGAGGAGUCUGGAUACAAGGCAGCGGCUGCUAUGUGGCCAGGAACAGAUGUCAGUAUUCAAAACCACACGUUAAAAUACCAAUUCGAAUACGACCCCAAGGUGACUUUCCAAGAGAGGCUGGGAAACCUCACACAGUGGAUGACCAUGGACAAGUCUGUGAAGUUUGCCGCUCUGUAUUGGGAAGAGCCCGACAGGAGCGGACACAUGUACGGCCCGGAUAACACCACAGAGAUGAGCAGGGUUUUAAAGGAAGUGGAUGGUCAUGUAGGUUUCCUGAUGGAGCAGCUCAACAAAACGGGAUUAUGGGGGAAAGUAAACGUCAUCAUCACUAGUGAUCACGGUAUGGCCCAGUGUUCUCAAGAGCGUCUUAUUAAACUGGACGACUGCAUCAGUCCGAGCAGCUACAGGGUGGUGGAUCUCACUCCUGUGGCUGCCAUAAUCCCACUGGAAGAUAAUUCGACUGUGUACAAAAACCUGUCCAGCUGUCACGGUCACAUGAAGGCGUACCUGAAGGACAAUGUUCCUGAUAGGCUGCACUAUAAAAACAAUGGAAGGAUCCAGCCGAUCCUUUUGGUGGCGGACGAAGGCUGGACGAUUGUCAAAAAUGGCAAACUCCCACGCAUGGGCGAUCACGGCUAUGACAAUGCACUUCCCAGCAUGCACCCCUUCCUGGCCGCCCAUGGGCCCGCGUUUCGCAAAGGCUACAAGAUGUCAAGCUUUAACAGUGUGGAUCUCUACCCACUCAUGUGUCACCUGGUGGGCGUCCCUCCGAUGCCUAACAACGGCAGCUUCGCUCACGUGCGCUGUGCGCUAGUUAACGAGCAGUGCGGAGAGCUAGCGCUAGCGGUGGGCCUCGUCAUCGGGGUUCUGAUCAUCCUGACCACCUUCACCUGUCUAUUCAAGCUGAUGAAGAACAGAGACGCCUCGUCUCCACGUCCGUUCGCCCGCUUGGAGUUAGAGGACGACGCUGAUGACGAACCGCUGCUUGAAUGAAGUGUGUUAUUAGUUGGAUGGAGGGAUUUGACUUGAUUCAAAUGCAUGCAGGAUACGGUAAAGGAAUAGUGAACUGUUCCUUUAAAUGCUGAAAUGGAGCUGAGAGGACAAUCAUAGUGAAACUGUAAGGGAGAAAUUGAGAUAGUGUAAAGCGAGUAACAUACACUGAAGGCACAAUAGUGAUGAGUCAUCGUUAGUACUAAACAACGUGACAAAACAUGUCCCCAGCAGCUGUUGAGAUAGAAAUACUUUAUAGGCAUUUAGUUCUUAAAGGGAUAGUUCACCCAAAAAUGAAAAUUCUGACAAAGCUCACGUUGUUCCAAACCUGUAUGAAUUUCAAGUUGUUCCAAGACUUUCUUUCUUCUGUUAAACAUUAAAGAAGAUAUUUUGAAGAAUGCGAGUAAUCAUACAUUUGCCAGUCACCAUUGACUUCCAUAGUAUGGGAAGAAAUAAUUUGGUCAAUGGCUGCCAGCAGCUGUUUGGCAACCAACAUUCUUCAAAAUAUUUUCUUUUAUGUCUAAGAGGAGAAAGAAAGAAAGUAAGUCUUGGAACUGGUUUAGAACAACUUGAGUUUGAGUAAAUGAGAACAGAAUUUGUAUUUUUAGGUGAACUAUCCCUGUAUGAGUUCCCUGGUAUGGAAUUUCUACUACAGAAUAAAAAAUUAAAAAGGUAACUGUUACUAUUUAUCUCACAAUUCUGAUUUCUUCCCUCAGAAUUGUGAGAUAUAAACUCAGAAUUGGAACACAUAAACUUAAAAUUCUGUGGAAAUUAUUUUUGCCUUGGAAUAAAAGAAUAAAGGUAUUUGCUACUUUUUAUCUCACAAUUCAGACUUUAUAUGUUGCAGAUCUUAUUCAUUUACCAAGAACUGCAAGAUAUAAACUAAGAAUUGUGAUAUAAAGAAUUGCAAGUUAUAAACUCAUAUUUAUAAGGAAAAAGUAUAGCUUUGAUUUUGCUAUGGAAUAAAAAAAAAGUUUAUGUCUCACAAUAGUUUUUCCCUCUUUUGGCAGAUAUAAACUCAGAAUUGCGAGAUAAAAAAAACUCAAAAUUCUGAGGAAAAAGUUAAUUUGUUUUUGCCGUGGAAUAAAAAAUAAAGGUCAUUUUGACUUACUGUACAUCUUGUAAUUCUCCAAAUAAACUCCAAGUUGUGUAAUAAACUAAUUUUGAGAAAAAAAAAAAAAAGUAAAAAUGGCAGGUUAUAAACUUAAUUAAAUUUAACGUAAUUGCAAGGAAAAGUCAAGCUUGUCAUGGAAUAAAAAAAUAAAAAAAGGGUAAAUGCGAUUUUUCUCACAAUCUGAGUUUACAUCUCACAAUAGUUUUUUCCCCUCAGAACAGUGAGAUAAAAACUCGCAAUUCUGAGGAAAAACGCAAGCUUGUUUUUGCCCAGGAAUAAAAAAUAAAGGUAAUCUCGACUUUAUAUCUUGUAUUUCUGAAAUUUUUUUCCUUAAUAUUGCAAGAUACAAACUCAGAAUUGUGAGAUAUAAACUCAUUUUGAGAAUGAGACAUGUACAAAAAAAGCAAGAAAUAUUUUGAUUGUGUUAGAUAAUUUUCUUAAUAAUCUCACGUGCACAAGCAUGCUGUCUUCAUGUUUAACAGAUUUCAGAAUGAUUAAAUCAUGCUACUUCCAGUAAUGCUUUUUAGCAUUAUCAUAUGUGUAUAAAUAUUGCUUUAUAUCUAUGCAUAAUGAAUGUUAGCAGUCAGGUUACUGAGGUACACCAUGCUUCAUGCUCUUAAAACUGCUGUUUCAUCGAAAGUCUAAGUAGGUCUUAGAAUGCAUUGAAACAAUGAUUUCUACUUAGGUUUGCAAUGCUUUUGGGAAAUGCAUAACAAAAAAAAAAAAAGUGCAAAACAUAAGCAAUAAUAAUUAUUACUAGCUUCUUUUCAGUGAAGAAAUGGGAUACUGAGGUUACUUGAAAAUGUCCGUACUGAGUUUGCUUGUAGUGAAACUUUAUUAAGUCAUGUUUUAUCUGUUCUCACCGCCGGCGAAAUACUCAUCCAGUUAAAUCUGAAUAUUUAUUUAUUUUUCUAGAAGUUGCUUAGUCUUUGGUUCUUUGCAGAGAAUGCGUAUUUAGAUCAAAUGCAACUAAAGGAAUGCUAAAUCUCAUGUUUCUUCUUGAAUCCCUACUGAGGAAUAUUUCUGUAGGGUUUAUGAGGGCUUUUUAUGAGUGUUAAAGGUUUCUCAGAGAUUGUUGUAUGUGUAAAUACACUGUAAAGCUUGUGCUUUUGUUUAUUGCACUGGUUCAGAUUUGGGGCAAGGGAACAUGUUGCUGCUUUUAAAAUGAGGAAUUUUUAUUCAUGCUUUAAAAUGUAUAACAGGGACGUUAUUUUUCUAUUUAAUUACUAGCAUUUGUUCUUUUUUUUAAAUAGCAUAGCUCAUUUUAUUGGGAAAUAACAAAACUUUUAAUGUUUUGGACUUUUAAUGCUGUUUUUUGACUGUGGACUUGAAAUGAUAUUGAAGAGCUGUGCAAUUUUAUUUAUUUAUUUUUUUUGUGUGUGUCUUUUUAUCCAUGGCUUGUCAUUUUCUAAAUAUUUCUUGCCGUUUUAUCUGUACAUGUAGCAGUGGUCAGUAUUAUUUCACAUCACUCUUUAGUUACUGAAAGGAAGGUUACUGAACUGGAAAUAACCCUGGCUUGUGCAGUAUUUGGCUAUCAAAUGUUAGUGGUCAUAUUUUCACAGCUUUUUGAAUCUUCAUGAAACUAUGCAAAGCAAAAACUAAAUGGAACCUUUUGUCGCUCCUAAACUCAUGACAUUUGUCAUUUGAAAAUCAAAUAAAAUAUAUAUUUAAGAUA